AUGGGACUGGAACGACUGCAGGGGCGAAAGUCGGCAGUUUACAGUCGCAAGGUGAUCCUUAGCAUCGUGGUCACAGCCAUUGGAGUGGCCGUGGCGACCGUCUCGGACUUCGAGAUGAACGUUCGCGGGACCAUCCUGGCGGCUCUCUCAAUCGUGAGCACUGCACAGUACCAAAUUUGGCAAGGCUCGAAGCAGCACGAGCAUGGCGUGACCGCUACGCAGAUCACGUACUCCGUCGCAUGGCCACAAUCCAUUGCGGGGCUUGCAAGUUCGCUGACAGCUGAUGUGCUCAUGCCGCAGUUGAAGGUCCUCAUUCUAAUGAGACCAUCCUGCCUUCUGGAACAUCAGCUCUCUGGCCAAGGCGAUCUCUUCUGGAUCGCUCUUUGCAACGUAUUGGCCGUGUGUACCAACAUCUCUGUCUAUGGCCUCAUCGGCAAGACGUCCCCAGUGACCUACCAGGUGGUUGGACAGCUGAAGACGGUGCUUGUCGUGGUAUUUGGCUACAUCUUCUUCGAUGUUCGUGUUCCCCUGCAUUGGUUGAUGCUUCGCUUCGCAGGCGUCGGGGUUGCAGUCGUUGGCGUGUUCAGCUACGCCUUGUGCAAGAGUGCAGAGGGACGUGAGAAGAAGAGCUAG